AUGGUUGCCCUGUUUACUUUACCAGAUGAAUUGGUUCUCGCAUCAUUAUCAUCUCAGUUCCCAUGUAGAGACCAGCAGAUUCGAUCAUUAGCUACUUUACUUUCUGUAAGUCUUCCUUCGAGUCGCAAGUGAUAUCAGAAUGCACGCUUACAUCAAAUGAAAUUUCUAGAUUCAAACAGCUCCAAGCAAAAAUAUUGUACUUCAUGGACUUGAAGCGACGGGGAAAUCUGCCAUUACGAAAGCCAUCCUCGAAGCAUUAUCAGCCAAUUCUCCGGUGCGCGACGACGUUCCCGAAGAGCAAUUCAGCAAUGAAUUAAAAUAUUCUAUAAUUAAAAGCGCGGAAUGUAUAUCAGGAAGACAUUUGUUGGAACAAACGAUAGGAGCUGUUGCGAAUGCUGUGGAAUGGAGGGGGAAUAUACCAAGAUGUGAGAGUCUUGCACAGUUAGUCGUCGAGGUAGGAAAGCUACUCGAAGGUUGGACUUCCACAAAUGAGGCACAAGCCACGAAACAAAGAUUUGUUCUUGUGUUUGAUGGCAUUGAUCGGCAAAAAGAAGCUCUUCCAACUUUGCUACCAGCAUUAGCCCGAAUGGGUGAAAUUGUAUGUUCAAUUCCAGUAACAAACAGCGCAGUCUGUAUUCUAACACGCAUAGAUCCCCCAUCUUACGACAAUAUUUAUCACCACAGUUCCUCGACCUAGCUUUUUCCAUCUUCCUGGGAUCCCUCAUAUUCAAUUCCCGUCAUACACUAAAUCCGAACUCGUGACAAUUCUCUCCCGUACCUGCAAACCUUCUCCCCGACUCCCCGACGGCUCCAAAGAAACUUUCUCUAUUUGGGAACGUUUAAUUCCGACAAUUUACGAUUCACUUUCAAAACAUUCAGGGCGUGACCUCCUCUCGUUUCGCACAAUCUGCCUCCAAUUAUGGCCUACAUUUAUACAACCAAUACUUAAUGGGACAUACACGUCUAACGAAUUCUCUCGCCUUCUUAUUGCCAAUCGUGCACUUCUCCAAAAUGAUACCCUUCUGACGCCAUCUAUACUUGCUCCUACCACGAGUUCGAUAAAAGCGAUAACAAGCACCACCAAGCCUCAAAUACAAAACACAAUCACAACCCAUCUUCCAUAUCACACUCGUCUUCUCCUCAUCGCUUCCUAUCUUGCUUCCCACAACCCCCCUCGCAUAGAUCAGCAUCAUUUCCUGCAGCACACGUCAACAUUCAAGCGUAAAAAGCGCGGCGGUGGGACAGCGCUCACAGCCUCAGCUUCCCGCCCUGGCGUCUCGAAAUCUCGCAAAAUCCCUCGCAAACUACUAGGGCCUCAAGCAUUCCUAUUGGAAAGAAUGAUUGCCAUCUACCACGUAUUACUCGAGGAUGCCGACGGGCGGGGCCGCUAUUCGUCUAUAAAUGGAAAUGGCAAAAGGAAAACGAAAGGAUUGGGGGCGGGAGAAGCAGACAUACAAAUGGCUAUUGCCACACUAGCUAGCUUGCGCUUAAUCGCUAAGAUGGGAAGUGCAAAUGCGGCAGAUACAUUAGACGGAGGUAGUAGAUGGAGAGUUGCAGUUGGCUGGGAGGUAGUAAGGGGGAUUGCAAGGAGUGUGGGGGUUGAAGCAGAGGAUUAUCUAGCGGAAUAAGUUGUCCAGUUGGACCACGGAAAUACAGGCCAACCAAAAUACCAGCAUAAAACAUAUGGAGGACUCUCUAUGGUGUCUUGGUACUCAAGUGACCAAAGAUGAAUCGCUUCCGAGAUGCUGCAAUUCCGUAGUGCUACAUUACCGGUGAAACUACCGGGUGAUGUUUGGAAACCCAAGGGAGAGUAAAAGCUUACUAUUAUAUAAAAAGCUGUUAUGGGUAUUCAGGAUAUCUGGAUUGAUGACGGAGGGCUAUUGGUUCCGAGAACGGACACCUAGUUAUCAACUAACCCUUCCUAAACCACCAAGCAAAGAGACUUCAAAUGAAGAAGCUUGGUGUUUUUAAGAUCCUACAAUAAAUAUUUGGAGGAGACUGCAUCUACAUAUCAUAUCAUACCACUAGCAUGUAAUAUAAUCUCAGGACACAAUACCUAGGUAUAGAUAGAUCAAAUACCUAACCAAAAACCCAUAUUUCAAUA